UGGUCAAAAAGAGUCCGCAUAUCAGCGUGCUGUGUUUAUUUACAGCGUUAAAUGAGCGCUGUUUAUUGUUUUGUGGUAUGUAGCUGUGUUGUGUUGGAGUUGUGAGGACAUGUCUCGACUUGUCCUCGGAUUAUAACUCGAAAUCAAUAGAAUUGGGUUUGGUGUUAGCACGUGCGCAGUGUGAGCUCAGUGAAUAACAGAGUUUGGUGUGGUUUAGUGUUUAGAAAUCCAGCAUGGAGGUGGAGAGAGAGUUCAUCAGCACUCCUCCACCCAAAACUGUCCGGUUUGGGGAUAGUGUUGUCAACACUUUGGCCAAACUCAAGCAGGGAGACACAAGUGACUAUGAGAUGAUAAAGCAUCAACUUUCAGACCCUGAUAUUAAGGACGCUCAGAUCAUCAGCUGGCUGCAGGAGUUCAGGUUGUGCAUCACGCAACUCGGCAAAGAACACGAACAGCUGAUCUACAUGGUUCUGAGGCUGCCGUGGCUCGGGCGGAGUCUUGCCGUGGUGGAUGAAUACCUGGCGUUCCUCAGCAACCUCAUCUCCGCUCAGACUGUGUACCUGAGGUCAUGUCUCAAAAUGCUCGUCUCUAAUUUUACACCCAGAAGAGUGAAAAUCCAGGAAGGGAACGUGGACAUAUCGGAUUCGGAUGAUGACGAUGAGAACCUGCCCAGGAUAUUCAAUCACUGUCACCAAGCCCUGGAGAUGAUCACAAGAUACGUUCCAUCGACCAGCCGGUUCCUGAUGCCCAUCCUCAGCGAUCACUUCCCUUUUGUUCAGAAAUCAUCCAGAACACUGGAGUGUUAUGUUCAUAACCUGCUGCGGAUCGCGGUCUAUAUUCCGGAUCUGAGGCGGGACGUGCUGGAGCUCAUCAUCAGCAAGAUGCUCACUCUGGAUGUGAGCGCCCCCCGCAGUGAGAUUGAGGAGAUGGAGAGUUUGAGAGAGCAGAACCACGGCGCAGGAACACAGGACGACUUCCUGUUCAACAUGGAUGAGGAUGAGGAUAAGGACUCUGCCCAUGAUGGCGGUCUGGUGAUGUUUCACUCUGUCGCUGACAGACUGGACAUGCUGAUGUUGGUGCUGCUCACCUUCAUUAAGGACAUGAGCCACGUUGAUGAGGUGUUGGACGUGGAGAGAGUCAAAAUUCUCUACAGAGAUCUCGUGUGUGUGUUCGAUAAGCUGGUGCUGCCCACACACGAUUCCUGUCACGUGCAGUUCUGCAUGUUUUAUCUGUGCAGCUUCCGCCUGGGUUUAGCUGAAGCCUUCCUGGACCACCUGUGGAAGGUGCUACAGAGUCCGUCUCGGCCCCCUGUCCUCCGCCAGGCCGCCGCUGCCUACAUGGGCAGCUUCCUCGCCAGAGCCAAGUUCGUUCCUAUUGCGACAGUGAGGGCGUGUCUGGACCUGCUGGUUUCUUGGAUUCAUCUGUACAUAGACAGCCAAGAUUCGGGUUCCAAAGCAUUCUGCGACGUUUCUCUGCACGGGCCGUUCUACGCCUCCUGCCAGGCCGUGUUUUACACACUCCUCUUCAGACACAAGGCCAUCCUGGAGGGCAACAUGAAGAAAGGCUUGGCCUAUUUACAGAGCUUGAAUCUGGAGCGGAUCGUCAUGAGUCAGCUGAACCCGCUGAAAGUGUGUUUGCCAGCCGUCACCAACAUGUUCGCCGCCAUCAUGAGGAAAUAUCAGCUGGUGUUCUGCUACACGAUCAUCGAACGAAACAAUCGCUGCAUGUUGCCUGUAGUGAGGAGCUCAGUGGGCGGAGACUCUCUCGCUACCAAUACCAAUCCUCUGGACACGUUUUUCCCCUUUGACCCGUACCUGUUAAAGAGGUCUGGAAAGUAUUUCGAAUCGAUCUAUCAAGUGUGGGAAGAACCGAGCGACUGCAUGGCAACUCCGAAGAAAGAAGUCACAAAACAUUCUACAGAAGAAGAGGACGAUUUCCUACAUGGUGAAACUCCUCAGGCGGACAUGGUGAUGGGGUCGUAUGAGUCGCACCUCCGUAGCCCGAGCAGUGUUGGCUCUCCUCCCAUUGCCUUCCUCCAACGGCCCUUCUGAAAUACACACACACACUGAUGGACUGAGAUGAUCUGCUUUCUUUAUACCCCCAUAAAGGGAAUCUUCUGUAGCAUUCUCCUACUUUACACACAACCUCACAAUACAUGUCCUUCAAGAGGACUCGGGGGAAUUUCUGUACGUUUUUAUAACUUAUUAAACAAGAGGUUGGAUGGCACAGGAAUCAAAAAGUGUAAAUGAUGAGGCUUCAUUUUUUAUAAAAACGCAAAUCUUGUCUGAGAGCUGAAUUAUGUUGGUUGCCUAAUCGGCUGUAUGAGAUGUUUUUGUUUGUUUGUUUGUUUGUUUGGUUGGUUGGGUUUUUUUUGACCCCCAAAUAAAUAAAAUGCAUUUAAAACGUUCAUAAUUUUCAGUGCUAACAAUAGCCAGCUGGCUAACUUGCGCUAACCUGACUGGAUUUCUGAGAGAAUUUUUGUUUUAAAUCAUUAUUCACUGUUUGCCAUAUUUGUCCAUUACCUUAACAGCUAAUGGUAGCUAGCUGGUCUCAGAAGCUAACCUGAAAGGAUUUCAGAGAGGACUUUUCAAUUCGCAUUCAUAAAUGUCAAUAAUAUUCAAGAAUACUUAUAGCCAGAUAGCUAAUCGAAGCUAACCUGACACGAAUUCUCAGGUUAUACUAAAAUGUUCGCAAUCCCGUAGCGUUAAACCGUACAAACGAUCCUCAUGUUACUCUGCUAACUCAUGUUAGCUAAAUUGACAUCUUUUCCAAGAGUCUUUAUAAAUAUCCAUAACAUUAACUGUUAGCCAUGUUCAGUGUUCAUGAUUUUAAAAGCUACUGCUAUUUAAGUGGCUAACAGGACCAAACGUGAGAGGAUCUUUUCAAAUCCAUACAUUUUCAUAAUCUUCAGGGCUGCCGAAAGCCAGCUAGCUAACAUGAUCUAACCUGACAGGAUUUCUCAGUUUAUAUUUGUAAAUGUUAUUAAUCCUCACAGAACUAGUGCUGGUCAGCUUGUUCACAUGAGAGAACGUGCUAUAUGAUUUCUGAAAGGAUUUUUAUAAAUCAUAUUUAUAAAUGUGAUAAAAUAACAUUGACAGUUUGCCAUAUUUGACGUUCAUAGUCGUGCUAGUUUGCUGGCUAAGCACAUGAGUUAAUCUGAUAUGAUUUAUGACAGGGUUUUCAAGAUAUAUGGAUAAAUGUGAAUCAUCCUUACAGAUAAUGCUAGUCAUGUAACAUGGAAGGUUCAUGGACACACUGCUAGGUUGCUCUGUAUCUUGUACUUUGUCAUUCUUUUUUAACGUAAUGAAAUAAGAUCUUGUCUAUAGCAUGUAGUGGUGUGUGACUAAACUGGUAGUUAAUAAAACUUUUGACAUUUGA